AUCCCUGUACUCUCAGAACUGCAGUAGUGCGCAGGCGCCUACAGCGAUCACCUGCUGCUGGGGCUGCAGACACGACCUACGAUCCGUAGUGAACCAAUUACCCUGCAAAAAACUACACUCCACCUGUCCAGGGACAGGAAAGACAGCGACUGGUGCAUACGGCAGGGUGUAUAUAUUUUACAGAGGAGUGUGGUUCUGAUGUGAUGCUGGAGGAGUAGGCUGCGGUGCACUGAGCCUUCCAUGGCUGUUAGCACCAUGGACUCUGAGUCAGCCCGGACACCUCAGCCCCAGGCUGCCCUGACUAAAGGAAGCCAUUCCUUGCUGCCUGCUGGGGCUCUGAGUGCCAGACUGGGCACCCAAGGGAAGCACUAUGUCUGUGGCUCCAUCGCAGCUUUCACCAACAUCGUGGUGACUUUCCCCAUCCAGAAGGUGCUGUUCCGCCAGCAGCUGCACGGUGUGCUGGCCACCGAAGCCGUGCAGCAGCUCCAGAGGGAUGGGCUGAGGAAUCUUUACCGGGGCUUGUUGCCCCCGCUGCUUCAGAAGAGCACCACGGUGGCCAUCAUGUUUGGCCUGUACGAGGACUUCUCUAGAGUCUUAUUGGACCGCGUCAAUAACGGCGUGCCGGAGGUGGUCACACGAAGCUUUGCUGCAGCAUUGGCAGGAACUGCAGAAGCCAUCCUGACACCAUUUGAGCGUGUGCAGACUCUCCUACAAGACCAUCGGCACCAUGGCCGUUUCAACAACACAGCCCACACCUUCCGGACACUUCUGACUGAGUAUGGUGUCAGAGAGUGCUACCGUGGCCUCGUGCCCAUACUCCUCCGCAAUGGCCCCAGCAAUGUGCUCUUCUUCGGUCUGCGGGGGCCUAUUAAAGAGCAGCUCCCAGAAGCCACGAGCCGGGCAGGUCACUUGGUGAAUGAUUUUGUUUGUGGCGGGGUGUUGGGGGCAGCUCUUGGCAUUAUGUUCUAUCCAUUAAAUGUGGUAAAGUCCCGGGCUCAGUCUCAGGUUGGAGGAGCCUUUCAGCCUUGCAGGAUGGUGCUGCUAACAGUGUGGAGAGAGAGAGGUGGCAGCUUGGCUAUGCUCUUCAGAGGGGCCCACCUCAACUACCACCGUUCACUCCUCUCCUGGGGGAUUAUCAACGCCACCUACGAGCUGCUGCUGAAGCUCAUAUGAGGGGGGUGCGGGAUGAGAGUGGAGAUGACAAAAUAGAAAAUAUAAAUCCAGAGAGAAAGAGAAAGUAUUUAAAGGGAAAAACAUGUAUGGAGUGAUAGAGGCAGUUUAUUGAGAAGAAAGGAAAUUGUAAAGUAAAGCUGACGCACUUGCUGAGUUUCCACGACUAAAAGACAGCGAUGGAGUUGCACUUCUGACAGGGGCCAUCAGUCAGUGUGAGAUAACCACCUGCCAUUGUGACUAUUUACUGUUGUCAAAGUAUUAAUAACAAAAAACACACACUUUAGCCUACACAAAACUUGUGCCAGGGUCCAAUUAAAAUGCCCUUGUUUGCUCUGUGUACAGGAGAAAAAAAAUUGUGGAACAAACUGAACUCCAGCGCUUUUUUCCACAUUUUCAAGCAAAGGUUACUUGACUGGAUAAACUGUUUUGUAGGAGAAGCUGUUUCUUUCUAUGUGCUGUGUGCUGUGGUGUUUUGUAGACAAUAUCCAUGUCUUUUUUUGACCAAGAGCACUUUGUCUGUGAAGCUGAAUUCUGCCAUUUAACUCAAACACUUUUGUGCUAUUGACCAUUGAAAUACCCCCAAAAUUAUUGUCAAAGAGAAUGUAAUAAACUGUGUGAGUGUUGGUCCUUUUAUUUCUCAUUAUACCCACUCUCAACCAAUUCAGAGUAAAUGUCAAUGAGAUCAGAAGGCUAGGAAAAUGUUGAAAUGAGUGUCAAUGAUACAUGUUCUUGGAAAUAUUGUCUAGCAGGCACCUGCAGGCUGUUUUUAACCGUUUCUUCUUUGACACAUAAUUCAUCAAUGUGAAAUGUUUUGUCAAACAUUGUUUUUCUUCUUGACUUAUUUUCUCAAAAUUUUCUGGCAGGGUGUAUGUGUUAUUUGAGUUUUGACAAGUGCCCAUUGAUGUAAAUGUCAGUAAAACAUACAGUUACACCCAUAUCUUGUCUGAUUUUAUAAUUUAUUGGAAGAGGGAAAAAUAUUAUAGAACCUAGACCAUUCUAUUGCAACAGAUAAUCGUGCAGAAAAUGUUUUCCCUUUGUUUAUGAUAACAUUGUCAGUUGCAGCUUCAGUAAAAGACCUAUAAUGAAAAUGAAUUUACCCAUACGUUGUUGCUGUAUUUGCUCAAUUUUGGGCCACUGCUUGUUUAUUGACUAUAAAACAAAGUGUUCCUUCAUAUUUGUUUCCUUUUUCUAAACUUUGAUGGAUUGUUUUAAACAUGCAUCUCUCUCCCUUUGCUUAGUGUUUUAUAUUUCCUCCUCUCACGCUCACUCUCCUCCCUGUCAGUAACAUCUGUUGACAUAAUGGGCUCAGAUUUCAAGCUUGAGUAGAUGCAGUCACCACGCGGCAGCUCUCCCCGGGUUCAGCAGCCCGAAGAGGAAAGGCAUGCUGCUUGGACGUUGAGAGAGAGACUAGAACAGUAAUGGUGCUGAGAGAAGACAGGGGCAGAGGGUAAUGUUCAGUGGCACAAAAACCUCAAGCUGCCAUGUGAACGGAUCGCUUGGCCUAUUUCUUCAGUUCUUUUCAUUUUGUCUGCCCACAGCCUACUGUGUUUCAUUAGGUCUUUUCAGGAUUUUCCAGGGUUUCCUCUUCGAAAGUACAACUUUGUAUUCUGCUGUGUUUUGAAAGUGGGACACCCCGCUGAUACUAAAUAAUGCUGUUUAUAAUUACCACUGUUGGUGAAGCACAAGUUACCAAACUACUAUGAAAAUGUCACACUAAUAAUUGCAAUUGUUUAAAAUGCAUCCAUUAAAAGUUGACAGUGACUGAG